AUGGACUCGACACAGAUCAAAUUAGUCCUGGCUUUUUUGGGCGAAAGGCCGCUCCUGGUACGCUGCGCCAUAAUGAGUGUGUUUGGCAUCGUAAUGCACCAUGGCGUGUUCAUUAAGAACGAAUGGCAUAUGCAAGGCCCGAAUAUCAUCAAAGCCGGCCUGGCUUCCUACAUCCUCUUGAUGCUUCUUGAGGCCAGACGACACUCGACAUUAACCGCCAUGGGCGAUGCCGUCCUGAUGCUAGGCAGCUUUGCCUUCACUCUGCUGUUGAGUAUUGGCGUGUACCGUGUCUUUGCUCAUCGCACUCGUCACUUUCCAGGCCCUCGUCUGGCCGGUGUGAGCAAGCUAUGGCAUAUGUAUCAGAACCGAUAUGGACAGAACCAUCUGGUGCUGGAGCGCAUGCACCGCGAAUAUGGCGACUUUGUGCGGACUGGGCCCAACGAAAUCACCAUCUUCCACCCUCACGGUCUGCCUGUUCUGGACGGUCCUGGAAGUCAGACCAGUAAAUCUGACUGGUAUGACUUCCUCCUUCCGAACUACGGGGUGACGACCAUUCGCAACCGGAAGCAUCAUGAUCAGCGCCGACGGCUCUGGCUGAAGGGGUUCUCGACUGGGGCUAUGGCCAAUUAUCAGACGAAUAUUGAGGCGCAUGCCCGAAAGCUGGAUGCGAUCAUUGCAGACCAUGUAAAGCAAGGAGAGCCUGUGCCGCUCUCAACCUAUAUCUACUGGUUCUCCUUCGAUAUCAUGGGAAUCUUUGCCUUCUCUCGCUCUUUCAAUAUGUUGAGCGAGGAGCAUUGGCACUACGCCAUUACGAACUUGCGUAAGGCCAUGAGACUCCUGGGCCCGAUGUCCUGUGUUCCCUGGGUGGCCCAGGUUGGGUUCUGGCUGCUCAAGGGCUUUUGGGUGGUCAAAGACUGGGAAACCAUGAUUGCAUGGUGCGCCGCUCGGAUGCGCGAUCGUAUUCAGCUCGCCCUCCACCCGGAGAAAGCUGAGAAGCUCUACGAAGAGAUCCGCCACGUGGACAUCAAGGACCUCGCAACUCUCAAGAAGCUUCCCUACCUCAAUGCCGUUAUUACGGAGACUCUUCGCCUUCAUCCAGCGGUGCCCACGGGUGGUAACCGCGAUACGCCGCCGGAAGGAAUGGUGAUCGCGGGCCAAUAUAUCCCCGGGAACACCACGGUCAUUUGCCCUCGAUACACCCUGGGACGACGUAAGUUCUGGAGAGCUGCUUUGCUCGACCUACCGAAUGGAUCCCUGAGCGGUGGGAUACAGAGCCGGAGCUGGUCAAGGACACGCGGGCCAAUCUGCCUUUUGCCCAAGGUAAGUCGCUAUGGAGAUGCCUGGGUUCCAGCUAAUUCUCUUCCAGGCCGCUACACGUGUCUUGGCAAGGACGUGGCUAUGAACGAGAUGCUUGUGCUCAUCACGCUCCUCGUGUCAAAGUACCGGUUUGACUUUGUGGAGGGGAAAACAAAGGCAAUUGGCGAGGUCGAGGGAAAGAUGCGCGACCAGUUUACUGCUACUCCCGGUACUUUGGACCUGGUAUUCACUAAGAGAGAACAGACUGCAUGA